UAGGAUAUAACUACCAAACAGUUCCCGCUACAAAGAAACUAACACCUUUAUCUACCAUUUGAUUUCUUCUUCAACCAUGAAAAGCAGAAAUUAUUUUUCUUUAUAUAUUUUGAGUACAUAUUGCUGCUAACCCAGUUGAGCAGAAACCAAGAAAGAUGGAUCCCUGCAUUUACAAAGACCCCAAUUCACCUGUUGAAGACCGUGUCAAAGACCUUAUCUCAAGAAUGACUUUGAAAGAAAAGAUUGCCCAGAUGACUCAAAUCGAGCGCAGAGCUGCCUCUCCUCACUAUCUUCGGGACUUUGGCGUUGGGAGUCUGCUUAGUGUUGGAGGUAGCACACCCUUUGAGAAUGCAUUAUCAUCCGAUUGGGCGGAUAUGAUUGAUGGGUAUCAGAAGCUGGCACUUGAGUCACGCCUAGGUAUCCCAAUUAUGUAUGGAAUUGAUGCUGUUCAUGGUAACAAUAAUGUCUAUGGUGCCACAAUAUUUCCUCACAAUGUAGGCCUUGGAGCUACCAGAGAUGCAGAUUUGAUACGAAGGAUAGGCGUCGCCACAGCUCUUGAAGUUAGAGCAAGUGGCAUUCAUUACACUUUUGCUCCUUGUGUGGCUGUAAGCAGAGAUCCCCGGUGGGGAAGAUGUUAUGAGAGUUACGGUGAAGACACCAACGUAGUUAGGAAGAUGACCUCUAUUGUUACAGGCUUGCAGGGAAAGCCACCAGAAGGACACCCCAAUGGCUAUCCUUUUAUAGCAGGAAGAAACAAUGUCAUUGCCUGUGCUAAGCAUUUUGUUGGAGAUGGAGGCACUGACAAAGGACUAAAUGAGGGAAAUACCAUUCUAUCAUAUGAAGAUCUAGAAGGAAUCCAUAUGACACCCUAUUUGGACUGUAUUUCCCAGGGUGUUUGCACAAUUAUGGCAUCAUAUUCUAGUUGGAAUGGACGUAAACUGCAUGCUGACCAUUUUCUUCUAACUGAAAUCUUAAAAGAUAAGUUAGGCUUUCAGGGUAUUGUGAUUUCCGACUGGGAAGGAUUAAACCGACUUAGCCAACCACUUGGCUCAAACUAUCGUCACUGUAUUUCCUCUGCCAUUAAUGCUGGAAUUGAUAUGGUGAUGGUAGGUCAUAAACAUGAAGAAUUUGUAGAGGAACUGAUGUUUCUGGCGGAAUCAGGGGAGAUAACUAUAGCCAGAAUUGAUGAUGCUGUUGAAAGAAUAUUAAGAGUAAAACUCGUUGCUGGUCUUUUUGAAUAUCCCUUUGCUGAUAGAUAUUUGCUAGAUUUGGUUGGUUGCAAGCUGCAUAGGGAGUUAGCACGUGAAGCGGUUCGCAAGUCAUUGGUUCUUUUGAAAAAUGGAAAGGAUCCAAAGAAACCUUUUCUUCCAUUAGAUAAAAAUGCUAAGAAGAUUCUUGUUGCUGGAACACAUGCUGACAAUCUUGGAUAUCAGUGUGGAGGGUGGACUAAAAGUUGGGAUGGAAUGAGCGGCAGAAUUACUAUCGGGACAACAAUCUUGGAUGCUAUUAAAAAUACAGUGGGAGAGAACACAGAAGUAAUUUUUGAGGAAAAUCCGUCACCAGACACCUUGGCAAGCCAAGAUUUUUCUUAUGCCAUUGUAGCUGUUGGUGAAGGUCCAUAUGCAGAAUUCACUGGUGACAAUUCAGAACUUGUCAUCCCCUUCAAUGGAAUGGGCGUGAUUAGCUCAAUUGCUGAUAGAAUCCCCACGUUAGCAAUUCUGAUAUCUGGAAGACCUUUAGUUUUAGAGGCUUCACUCUUAGAAAAAGUAUAUGCAUUUGUUGCUGCUUGGUUGCCUGGAACUGAAGGAGCAGGAGUUGCAGAUGUUAUAUUUGGAGAUUAUGAAUUUAAAGGCAAACUGCCAGUAACAUGGUUUAAGAGCGUUGAACAGCUGCCAAUGAAUUAUGGAGCUAAUUCAUAUGAUCCUUUAUUUCCCUUUGGUUUUGGGUUGACUGACAAUGAGGAUUGAAUUAUUUCAAGAACAAGGCUGGCCCAAGGUACAAGUUUCCUGAAUAAAUCAUAGCUGCAAAUAGAUGGUCUAUCAGUAAGUUCCUCAUUGGUAGUACUACUCUUUUUGUUCAUCAUAUACUACAAGUAUGGAUUUAUUCUACCACAAUCCAUGUCUAUUGGUUAUAAUCAUGUCAACCUGUGCAGAGGGCCCUCUAGUAUUUAUCCAAGUUGUUUCAUAAUUAAUUGAAAGGUAGUUGAAUAAGAAUAGUCAAGCUGGCAAUCUUCAUCCAUGUAUAUGUGAUGCGUGCAGAGAUGCAUAGGAUCACAUCAUUAUACUAGGACUUACAUCUGUCAACAAAAGAAUGAACUAAGAACACAAAAGAAUUUGCAGUAUCAGAUUCCCAACCACUAUUAUUGAUCAUGGUA